AUGAGGAAGCUCCUCGUGGAAGCAGCUCGGGUUGGCAGCCCCAGAAAUUAUUACCGCCUCGUUGUGCUCCCCCCAAUUGCCCGGUUCAUCCCCCCCCUCCAUGUGCACAAGAGCCCAUUUGGAAGCAAAAAGAAAAAAGAAAAAGUGGACAAAGAGACGAAGAAGCUUCGAAAUUUUUUGAAAAUAUCUGGUGGGAAAAAUGAAGCUCAUUUGGAAGAAGCGCACGAGACGAAGCGGAGUAAACGGAGUGAUGAAGAGAGAGACGAGCGAGGAAGGGCUGCCACCCCCACGCAGGUAGACUACGAAUCGUAUGACGUGAAGGCACAAGAAAUUCUUAAAGCGUUUGAAAAAAAAAUGAAAAAAAUAUAUGAAAAUAAUUUAAGUGUAGAUUUCUUUAACAGCAUGGUUAUCUCGAAAGAGAAGGAGACCUUCAGCCUCUCAGAUUUAGCCCAAGUGGUUGUGAAAUCAUCCAGGGUGAUCUAUUUUCUCCCGUACAUGGCUAGCGACGCGCAGAGGAUCAUUUACCAUUUGAAAAUGAAGGACAACACAUGGAACCCCACCAUGUCUAAUGACGGGCAGCAGAUUUUGUUGCACAUCCCUCCACUGACGGAGGAUGUAAAGUUAAAGAAAAGGAAAGAGGCGAAGGAUUUGUUGGAGAAAAUAAAAAACGACUUGCGGAAUCUGCGGCACAGGGUGCGCGACGACAUUGCCAGGCUUCUCCAGGGCGAGGAGUGGAAGAUCGUCGAGCGCAACAAGCUGGACGGUUACAUAAAGGCCAAGGUCAAGGCGGUCGAGGCGAUCUACGCGGGUUAUGCGGCGGAGUAG